UCGGUUUAUUUUCGGUGCCAUCUUGUUUUCAGCAAGUUUGUGAAAUUGAGUAUUUUGAUUGAGUAGUUGUCAGUGUUUUGGGAAGGCUUGCCCUAAAAAAAGCGCAACAAACACAGCAAAUAUCACCACAAAAUGGAAAAUAUACCAAGAACUCAUGAAGAUAUCGAAGCCCAAAUCCGCGAAAUUCAGUCAAAAAAGAAGGAAAUUCCCGUGGAAAAUAACGACAAGGGCGUGGGGUUAGGCGAGAGCGGCUUUUUCGACAGUGAGAUUUAUGACGGCGGCGGCGGUAAAGGGAAGUAUGAAGGUUAUGUGACUUCGAUUGCUGCUAAUGACGAAGUCGACGACGAAGACGAAGAUGUGGGGUACUCACAGAAGAGAACAGGAUUAGGAGCACCGGUUGCAUUGCUUAACGAUGUGGCUCAGAGCGAUAAAGACUAUGAUCCGUUCGCUGACAAGCGGAGGCCCACGAUCGCGGACAGGGAGGACGAGUAUCGUAAGAGGAGGCGUGGGAUGAUUAUUUCACCUGAGCGGGUUGAUCCUUUUGCUGACGGUGGGAAAACGCCGGACUUGAAUGCCCGCGGAUACACGCAGAUUAUGAAGGAGCAGAUGCUCAAAGGAGAAGAACAUGAGCUGAGAAAGAAAAUUCUGGAAAAGUCGAAAGACGGUUCUCUUAAAUCCACAAACGGUGAGGUCAAGAGCGCUCCCAAGAAAAGAGGGCGCUGGGAUCAGACCGUCGAUGAAGUCGUCGUUCCAAACAAGAAGAAAACUCUUUCCGUUUCGACUAAUAGUGGCGCCGUCACACCAGUUUGGGAUGCUGAUAAAACUCCCGCCGACCACCGGUGGGACGAAACUCCCGGCCACAAAGGCAGCGAGACUCCCGGCGCGACGCCCGGCCAGUCCACUCGCAUCUGGGACGCCACCCCCGGCGCCGCCACUCCCGGCCGUGAAACGCCCGCCCACGACAAAAGCGCCAGCCGCCGUAACCGCUGGGACGAAACGCCGAAGACCGAGCGCGAAACUCCGGGUCAUUCUAGUGGUUGGGCCGAGACGCCGCGCACGGACCGCACCGGAGCCGAUCUUAUCCAAGAGACGCCCACUCCGGGUGCCUCGAAGCGCCGUUCCCGAUGGGACGAAACUCCCUCCGUUCAGACGCCGUCCUCGUCGAUGACACCCGGAGCGAUGACGCCACAAACUCCUCAUGGUACUCCGGGUCACGCUACGCCCAUGCUCACACCAGGCGGUUCGACUCCGGUGGGCGUCAAAGCCAUGGGCAUGGCGACGCCGACGCCGGGACAUCUGGCGUCCAUGACGCCCGAACAACUGCAAGCGUACCGCUGGGAGAGGGAGAUUGACGAGAGGAACAGGCCGUAUUCGGACGAAGAGCUGGACGCGAUGUUUCCGCCGGGGUACAAAAUUCUGGCACCACCUGCCGGGUAUAUUCCGAUUAGGACGCCGGCGAGGAAGUUGACGGCCACGCCGACGCCCAUGGUGAACACACCGCAAGGGUUUUUCAUACAAGCGGAGGACAAGACGGCCAAGUACAUGGAUAAUCAACCCAAAGGGCAGAAUUUGCCGUUCAUGAAGCCAGAGGAUGCGCAGUAUUUCGAUAAGUUGUUGGUGGACGUGGACGAGGAAGCGUUGAGUCCUGAGGAACAGAAGGAGAGGAAGAUCAUGAAGUUGUUGUUGAAGAUUAAGAACGGGACUCCGCCGAUGCGUAAAGCGGCUUUGAGGCAAAUCACCGACAAGAGUAGGGAAUUCGGGGCGGGGCCGCUCUUCAACCAGAUCCUACCUCUGUUGAUGAGUCCUACUCUCGAGGAUCAAGAACGACACUUGUUGGUUAAAGUCAUUGAUCGAAUCUUGUACAAACUCGACGAUUUGGUGAGACCCUACGUGCACAAAAUUCUCGUCGUUAUCGAGCCUUUGCUCAUCGACGAAGACUAUUAUGCUCGUGUUGAAGGCCGAGAGAUCAUUUCGAACUUGGCGAAAGCAGCUGGUUUAGCCACCAUGAUUUCCACAAUGAGACCCGACAUCGAUAAUAUCGACGAGUACGUGCGAAACACCACAGCUCGUGCGUUCGCCGUCGUAGCUUCCGCUCUUGGAAUUCCGUCGCUCUUGCCCUUCUUGAAGGCCGUCUGUCGUUCGAAGAAGUCGUGGCAAGCGAGACACACCGGUAUCAAGAUCGUCCAACAGAUUGCGAUCCUCAUGGGUUGCGCCAUCCUGCCCCAUCUCAAGUCUUUGGUGGAAAUCAUCGAGCACGGGCUCGUCGACGAGCAGCAGAAAGUCCGGACCAUCACGGCGUUGGGAAUCGCGGCUUUGGCAGAAGCCGCCACUCCCUACGGUAUCGAGAGUUUCGAUUCGGUCCUUAAACCCUUAUGGAAGGGUAUUAGAACGCAUCGUGGUAAAGGUUUAGCUGCAUUCUUGAAAGCCAUCGGGUAUCUAAUCCCGCUUAUGGACGCCGAAUACGCCAACUACUACACAAGGGAAGUCAUGUUGAUUUUAAUCCGAGAGUUUCAGUCGCCGGACGAAGAAAUGAAAAAGAUCGUGUUGAAAGUGGUGAAGCAGUGUUGUUCGACGGACGGCGUGGAACCCCAGUACAUCAAAGAAGAGAUUCUUCCGCAGUUCUUCAAACACUUCUGGAAUCACCGCAUGGCUCUCGACAGACGCAACUACAGACAACUCGUGGACACGACGGUCGAAAUCGCGAAUAAAGUCGGCGCUUCGGAAAUCAUAAACCGCAUCGUGGACGAUCUCAAAGACGAAAACGAGCAGUACCGCAAAAUGGUGAUGGAAAGUAUCGAGAAGAUCAUGGGGAACUUGGGAGCGGCCGACGUCGACUCCCGCCUGGAGGAACAAUUGAUCGACGGCAUCCUCUACGCCUUCCAGGAACAAACAACUGAAGACGUCGUCAUGUUGAACGGCUUCGGCACCAUCGUCAACCAACUCGGCAAGCGAGUCAAAGCUUACUUGCCCCAAAUCUGCGGCACGAUUCUCUGGAGGCUCAACAACAAAUCCGCCAAAGUGCGUCAGCAAGCCGCCGACCUCAUCUCGAGAAUCGCCGUCGUGAUGAAAACUUGCCAAGAAGAGAAACUGAUGGGUCACUUGGGUGUCGUACUCUACGAGUACCUCGGCGAAGAGUACCCCGAAGUGCUCGGCUCGAUCCUCGGUGCCCUCAAAGCCAUCGUCAACGUGAUCGGCAUGACGAAAAUGACGCCGCCCAUCAAAGACCUCCUUCCUCGAUUGACCCCCAUCUUGAAGAACCGCCACGAAAAAGUCCAAGAGAACUGUAUAGAUCUGGUGGGACGCAUCGCCGACAGGGGGCCCGAGUACGUGUCCGCGCGCGAAUGGAUGCGCAUCUGUUUCGAACUUCUCGAGUUGCUCAAAGCCCACAAGAAAGCCAUCCGUCGAGCCACCGUCAACACGUUCGGGUACAUCGCCAAAGCCAUCGGUCCGCACGACGUCUUGGCCACGCUCUUGAACAACCUGAAGGUGCAAGAGCGACAAAACCGCGUCUGCACGACCGUCGCUAUCGCGAUCGUCGCCGAAACGUGUUCUCCGUUCACGGUUCUGCCGGCGCUCAUGAACGAGUACAGGGUGCCGGAGCUGAACGUCCAGAACGGGGUGUUGAAGUCGCUGUCGUUCUUGUUCGAGUACAUCGGGGAGAUGGGGAAAGACUAUAUUUACGCGGUGGCGCCUCUGCUCGAGGACGCGUUGAUGGACAGGGACUUGGUGCACAGGCAGACCGCAUGUGCCGCGAUAAAGCAUAUGGCGUUGGGGGUGUAUGGGUUCGGUUGUGAGGAUGCUUUGAUUCAUUUGUUGAAUUACGUGUGGCCCAAUAUUUUUGAGACGUCGCCGCAUUUGGUGCAGGCGUUCAUGGAUGCGAUCGAGGGGAUGAGGGUGGCGCUGGGGCCCAUCAAGAUUUUGCAGUACACUUUGCAGGGGUUAUUCCAUCCCGCGAGAAAGGUUCGUGACGUGUACUGGAAAAUAUACAACUCUUUGUAUAUUGGUGGUCAAGAUGCGCUCGUUGCGGGUUAUCCCAGGAUUGCCAACGAUCCCAAAAACCAGUACAUCAGAUAUGAAAUGGAUUAUGUUUUGUAAGCAUGUGUUGUAUUUUAAGUGUUAAGCUGCACUUUAUUUUAUUCAUUGUGGUGGCAAUAAAUACCACUUUCGAGUCAUAAUUCCUUGCGUUAGAUUUUAUCACAGGGUGUUUUAUGUUGUAAUUUUAUCCUGUGUUAGUGCUGCGUUUUGUACAUGUAUGAAGGAAUCUAAAUUAUUCAGUUAUAUACUAAGGAGGUUAACAGAAGAUAGAAAUAAUUAUUGUAACUAAACAACAAAUAAAGAUACGAAAUAAAUUUCGGUUUAUACUUG